AUGCCUCCACUUUCCGGAUUCUCCGAUAAUCGCUUUCGCAACCGGGAUGACCUGCUUCUCGCAACAACCUCGCUCCUCAGGCCACUCGAACCUUACUUCUCGCCUGGAAAUGCUCUUGUCCAAUUGCCCGUUUACUCGGGUGCACACUUUGACGAAACAGCUGCACAACUGGAGGGUUUUGCCAGGCCAAUCUGGGCCAUAGCAGCUGUUGUCGCUGACCCUUCAAAGAGUGUCACUCCAGAGAUCACCCGCUAUGUCAAUCGUUUGGUCACCGGCCUUCGAAAUGGAAUCAAUCCAGAGAAUUCUGAGUACUGGGGUGCGAUAGGGGACUGGGACCAACGAAUGGUUGAGGCUGAACCGAUUUCAGUCGCACUUUUAAUGGCUCCCAAAACAUUUUAUGAUCCCUUAUCGCCGACCGAUCGACGCAACUUGUCUCAAUGGCUAUCCGGUCUUAAUGGCCGAAUUAUGCCCCGAAAUAAUUGGCGCUGGUUCAGAAUAUUUGCAAAUCUCGCUUUAACUCAAGUAUGCGGUGUGCCUUAUGAAGAUAUUGACCAGUUCAUUAAGGACGAUUUCGAUAUGCUUGAUAAAUUUGUAUUGAGGGACGGAUGGUCAGCAGAUGGGAUAUGGAGACAAGACUCGGGCUGUGGUCAAGAAAGCUACGGUAGACAGGCAGACUAUUAUUCAGGAAGUUUCGCAAUCCAGUUCAGCCAGUUGCUUUACUGCAUAGUUGCAAAAAACGACAAUGAGCGAGUCUCUCGAUAUCAACAGCAAGCGCGAGAAUUUGCCAGUGAAUUCUGGCGGUAUUUCGACGUAGAUGGAGCUUCCAUUCCAUUCGGUCGCUCGUUGACAUACCGAUUUUCAAUGGGCGCCUUCUAUGCCGCAUUUGCUCUUGCAAAAUGCUACGACAAUUCAAGUCUCUGCACAUCUGUUGGAUUCCUAAAAGGAAUGCUUCUAAGACAUUUAAGGUGGUGGGCUUGUCACUCGUCAAAUAUAUUUGCCUCGGAUGGAACAUUGACUGUUGGGUAUUUGUAUCCAAAUUCCUUCAUGUGUGAGGACUAUAACUCACCCCAGUCACCAUACUGGGCAAUGAAAAGCUUCGUGGUUUUGGCCUUGGACUCCGAUAGUGAAUUCUGGGCUGCAUCUGAGCUUCCUCACCCUUUUAAAUACUAUGUACACGUCAAAACUACAUCCAUUGCAAGCGUCAAGUUUCUCCCUGCUCCGUCUCAAAUUCUGUGCAAUCAUCCCCGAGGUCAGCACCACUUCAUGCUGUCUAGCGGGCAAUUUUGCGCUUGGCCUUUGAAGGCGACACACGCUAAAUAUAGCAAAUUUGCAUACUCCUCCGCAUUUGGCUUCAGUGUACCCACGGGGCCUUUGUUGAGCCAGCUUGCGCCCGACAGCACACUCAUCUGCUGUCAAGAUGGAGAAAAUUGGGCCACGAGAUGGGAGACAGUGGGCAUCGCUCGUCCGAUAACUCUGCAAGUAGCCGAUUCCGAGGUACCUUGCCUUCGAAGCCUUUGGAAGCCUUGGAAAUCUGGUGGCAUUGAAAUUGAGACGACAUUGAUUCCUCCGUGCGAUCAAUGGCCUGAUUGGCAUAUCAGAUGUCAUCGUGUCAAAUGCAGAGACCAUGAAACAAAUGAUAAACCGACAACCCUCACGCUUGUGGAAGGAGGCUUUGCAAUACAAGCGAAACAACCGCGAAAGAUGUGUACUUUGGAUCAAGAUUGGAAAAACAUACCGGACCACGGUGGGACAUUGGAGACUGCAGCCAUUGCACUGGUCGUAAGUCCCGCGGGCGUGAGUGGCUUGGCGAACAUACACGUCUCAGAGGGAGUGACUUUGGGAAAGAUCUUAAAAUCAGACCCGAAUUCCAACUUGAUGGAACCCAGAACAUUGAUUCCAAAGAUUCAAUUUGAUGUUACCCUUCAACCGGGUGCGGAAGUGACAAUACAGAAUGCUGUUUUUGCUAUCGCCAAAGGCAAGGAAUAUGCCGCCUAUGAGGAGCUAUCCGCUAAGUGGAAUCAGCGGCCAUCAUUAGCUGAAUACCAGUUUAGGUAG